GUUCACGUAAGACUUUUGGAGGCGUCUCUUCAAAUACAUCGUCCUACUUUUUACCUCACCAUCGUGACAACUCGGCCUCGUUUUUUGAAAUGUCGUCAAACAAGCAGAAUCGGCGUGUAAAGAACAAACGCAUAUCGCGCGAAUUUAUCAUCGGUUCGGAAGCAUGGAAACUAUCGGAGCAGGAGUUGAAGAAUCCUAAGAACCAGCCCGGCGCCACUUCAGGCUGGCGAGUGUACCUUCGGCCGGUUCCUAACGGGCCUUGCCUAACGGCAUGGCUUAAGAAAGUUACAUUCAUACUACACGAGACGUUCCCGAAUGCUGUAAGGACAGUUGAGUCCGUAAAUCCGGCAACAGGAGGCUUCGAGCUAGAAGAGACGGCAUAUGGAGGCUUCGUGAUUGGUAUCAAGAUGUACUUUGUGCCUUCAAGCGGUGAGAAGUGGCAGCAGCGAAGUCACUUUCUGCAGUUGGACCCUUAUAGUGGUGAGCAGGACCCGGAGAAGGCAGAAGCCGAGAAAGAGGAGAUGCGGAAGGCGAACAUGGUUCGCAGCGAACAGAUCGAGGUUAUCGAGUUUAACGAGCCCAACGAGGCACUAUGGGACGCGCUUACGAACGACGAUCAAUGGGACUAUCUGCGGCCUGCCAGGGCAAAAUCAAAGAGCAAGGGUCGCGGCGCGAACGUCGCAAAGCUUCCCGACUACCCCCCGCCGCCAGGUGGGGAGUACGCUGCUGGUCAACUGCCGGAGAAGCCACUGGAGCAGGGCCAUGUAUACAGCAAGGAGACAGAAGACUUGCUCGUAGAACUACUGAAGAAAGCAUCAGCAGAGGCGGACGCUGCACUGCUUAAAACACUCACGAGAAGUAAGGAAGUCACAGAGUUCAUAGAAAAGAUGAAAGAGGGGCACGAUGUGGAUGACAAACUAAGGGCGCUUUUUGAGAGUUUACCUCCAAAGAAGAAAUGAUCUAUCAUCAAAACGAUGUUGUGUUACAUAUGUCUGCGUGACGAGGAUUAACCCGCUUCACGUGGUAAUUUGUAAGGGAGUGCGCGUAAGCGUGAUAGCAAGAUGGUGAACAGCGGUUCUGGAUUAUAUCAAGACUGACAACUAAGGGAUCAGACUAUGCUAGAGGCUAUGCGUAGAAUAUAUACCCCUUAACCUGGGGUCAUAUGGUACACAGGGUACACGUUCCUGGUAUGUAUGUUCAUGUCCUCACAUAAACUCUGGUCAUAAAAGUCACAGGCUCGGUUUAUACGCUCGGCAUUUCAGCUGGAUAUGCUCUUAAUGUGUCAGAAAUAAUGUUUAGCCUCUGCCAUAAUAAGGAAUGGUCUGUUAGGAAUCUUUGCCUAUUCUGUCAAGACCUUUCUUAAGUAGUGUAAAGGGAAUGGAGGCAAGAUAAUGGGGCAUAGGAGGAGCAGCAAAGGAUCUGUUAUGUGAUAAUAGUAACCGCUAAGGAUCGAAGUAUCCUCUAGCUAUGAUGUAUAUAUAUAUAUAUAUAUAUAUUAUAGGGUGGCGCCGCACUAGCGCCAGCAUUGUGCCCCGGCUUCCUGGCCUCCGUGCCUGAUGUAAGGGUCCUCUUACAGAUGAGCUUCCUAGAGAAAUGGAGGGACUUCUAGAAUAUAUUAGACGAGGAUAAAUAUACUAUAGGAGUCUUUAUAACCUAGGGUAGAUACACUUUAAUGGAUAGAAAUAGAUUUAGAAAUUAA